AUGGAAUCGAAGGACACGGAUGCGCUGGCGUUCCGCGCAAAACCCCCUUGCCCGGGGGAUGAGAUCGUCAUUUCCGGCAUUGCGGGCCGUUUUCCCAACUCGAACAGUGUCAAGGAGUACGGUUACAAUCUGUACAACAAGAUCGACAUGGUGGACGAUCUGGAGACGCGCUGGCGCCACAGUAACGUUGAAAUUCCGCGCCGCAUGGGAAAGGUGAACAAUCUCGAGAAAUUCGACGCAACGUUCUUCGGUGUGCACUUCAAGCAGGCACACACAAUGGAUCCGCAAUGUCGCCUUCUGGUGGAGCAUGCGUAUGAGGCGGCCAUUGAUGCGGGCGUUAAUCCGAAAUCUCUGCGCGGUUCCCGCACCGGCGUGUUCGUCGGAGCGUGCUUUGCCGAGUCGGAGAAAACCUGGUUCUACGAGAAGAUCUCGUCCGGCGGGUUUGGCAUUACGGGGUGCUCGCGAGCCAUGAUGGCGAACCGUAUCUCGUACACGAUGGGUCUGAAUGGGCCUUCCUUCCUGCUCGAUACCGCUUGCAGCAGCUCGAUGUACGCCCUGGACUGUGCCUUCAAUGCUAUCCGUAACGGCGAAUGCGAUGCGGCGAUCGUCGGUGGUUCGAACCUGCUGUUGCACCCAUACGUCACGUUGCAGUUCGCUCGGCUCGGUGUACUAGCGGCCGAUGGAUACUGUCGACCGUUCGAUAAGGAUGCCUCCGGAUAUACGCGUUCGGAAGCGGUCUGUGUGAUGUAUCUGCAGAAGGCGAAAGACGCGCGGCGCGUGUACGCGAACGUGGUCUACUCGAAGACGAACUGCGACGGCUUCAAGGAGGAAGGCAUUACCUAUCCGUCCGGUGUGAUGCAGCGGAAACUGCUGUCCGAGUUCUACAGCGAGAUCCAGCUCGAUCCAUCGACGGUCGAUUACGUUGAGGCGCACAGUACGGGUACGGUAGUCGGCGAUCCGGAAGAAUGCGCUGGGUUGGACAAGAUUUUCUGCAGCGGCCGCAAGAAGCCACUGCCCGUUGGGUCGGUCAAAUCGAACAUUGGCCACUCGGAGUCGAGCUCCGGCAUUUGCUCGGUCAUAAAGUGUAUCCUAGCACUGGAGACGCGGCUAAUCCCGCCGAACAUUAACUUCCGCGAGCUACGCCGAGACAUUCCGUCGCUGGUUGAAGGUCGGUUGAGGGUAGUCGCCGACACCCAGCCACUGGAUGGGCCACUCAUUGCGAUCAACUCGUUCGGCUUUGGCGGUGCAAAUGCGCACGCCCUGUUGUACGGUAACACGAAGGAGAAGGUUAACCAUGGCCUUCCGGUGGAUAAUCUGCCACGAUUGAUAACGUGGUCCGGCCGUACGGAGGAGGCGAUCGACGCAGUGCUGACGGACAUGAGCAACAGGCAUCUGGACGCGGAGUACGUUGCGCUGUUGCACAACGUGCAGAGUGAGUCCAUUCCCGGCAAUGUAUUCCGUGGCUAUGGGCUGUACGCGAAGGAUGGUACCGAGAAUGCGAUCUGUCUGGGGCGCGAUACGCAGCACUACACCGGUUUGAAGCGACCGCUUGUUUGGGUGUUUAGCGGCAUGGGCUCACAGUGGAGUGAAAUGGGCACCUCCCUGAUGGACAUCCCCGUCUUCCGACAGGCGAUCGAGCACUGUCACCGCGUGCUGGAAAAGCGUGGCCUUAAUCUAAUCGAGAUACUCACGUCCAAGAGCUGCAAGUACGACAACAUUUUGCACUCGUUCGUGGGCAUUGCCGCAGUUCAAAUCGGUAUCGUGGACGUGCUGCGAUCACUUGAUCUCGAACCAGACUUUGUGAUUGGACAUUCGGUCGGAGAGCUCGGUUGCGCGUAUGCCGACCGGUGCUUUACUGCGGAACAGAUGAUCCUGUCCGCAUACUCCCGCGGUAUGGCUAGCUUGGAGACGAAGACCGUCUUCGGGUCGAUGGCCGCGGUGGGCCUUGGGUUCCGCAAAAUACGCACAAUGUUACCGCCGGGUAUUGAGGUGGCCUGCCACAACGGGCCGGACUCGUGUACGAUUUCGGGCCCAAAGGAAAACGUCGAAUCAUUUGUUGCGCAGCUUACCGAGAAGGGCAUCUUUGCCAAAGAGGUCCCGUGCUCGAACAUUCCCUACCACAGCAAGUACAUCGCCGAGAUGGGCCCAAGGUUGCUGGCACGCUUGAACGAGGUGAUACCCGAGCCAAAGAAACGAUCCUCCAAAUGGUUGAGUUCAUCCGUUCCCAAGAUUCGAUGGGAUCAGUCCGAAAGCCAAUUCUCGUCGGCACACUAUCACACGAACAAUCUGCUCAGCCCGGUCCUGUUCGAGGAAACGUCCGCCCUGCUGCCAAACAAUGCGCUGACGAUCGAAAUUGCUCCGCACGGUUUGCUGCAAGCCAUCCUGAAGAAAUCCAUGCCGAACGCCAUCCAUAUUGGAUUAACCAAGCGUGGCAACAAGGACAACGUGCAGUACAUGUUUAAUGCACUUGGCAAACUGUACAUCAACGGGUUAGACAUUCCGGCUGCCCGACUGUAUCCCUCGGUAGAGUUCCCUGUGUCACGCGGUACGCCGAUGAUUUCGCACCUUAUUCGGUGGGACCAUUCGGAGGAUUGGUUUGUGACAAAGUUCGAAAUGCAAAAGUCGACCAAGAGCGGCGAGCGUCGGGUUAAGAUUAAGCUUAACGAUGAGGAUUACAGCUACAUCUCCGGGCACGUGAUUGACGGACGCGUUCUGUUCCCGGCGACUGCCUAUCUGCACCUUGCCUGGGAAACAUUGGCCAUGGUUAAGGGUCCCAUGUACUUCGAUCUCGAGGUGGAGUUUGAGGACGUUAAGUUCCUGCGCGCCACCUCCAUCACGAAGGAUCAGGAGAUCGAGUUUACGGUGAUGCUUCAGCCAGGUACGGGUCGAUUCGAAAUUACCGAAGGUACGGCUGCCGUCGUUACUGGCUAUGUGCGACACGUGGAGAACAUAACGCUGUCCGAAAUUCCGGAUCCGCCUGCAAACGAUAUGCCCGUGCUGGCGACGCGAGAUUUCUACAAAGAGUUGCGUCUGCGCGGCUACCAUUACAGUGGUGCGUUCCGGUCGGUGUUGGAGGCACGGGCCGACAGUGCGUGCGGUAAGAUCAACUGGGAACUGAACUGGGUAUCGUUCCUGGACUGCUUGCUGCAGUGCUGCAUCAUCGGCAAGGACACGCGCACGCUGAUGAUCCCGACAUGCAUCGAACGUAUGCGGAUCGAUCCCCGUAUGCAUCUGGCGAUUGCCAACACGAUGGACGAAGGUAGCCAGGUGUUUGAGUUCAAAAACUCGCGCGUCCUCAACACAAUCCGUUGUGGCGGUAUCGAGAUCGUCGGGUUGCAGGCGAGCACGGUCGCACGCCGCAAGCCACCGGGCAUUCCCGUGCUGGAGACGUACCAGUUCGUGUCCCAUCUGCCCGCACCGAAACUCGCAAAGGCUGAUGCCAUUCGGGUCUGCGUACAGCUCGCUCUGGAGAAUAUUCCCGUGCCGAAGGUGAAGGUGGUCGAGGUCGACUUUGGCGAGAGCGUUCCAAUAACGCCACUGUUUGCCGAUGCGCUUGGCGAUCUGCCACUCGUAACGGCGGAUUUGAUGUUCCUGAGCAAACAGCAACUGUCGUUGGGUGGUGUGCACGUCGAAGAUGGUAAACUGUCCACGCAAACCAACUCCCUGUUUCUCAUUUCCACCAACUGCCUUGGACGACCGGAGUUUGUGGAGGAGUCAGUGGGAAGCCUGCACGAGAGCGGUUACGUGUUGAGCCGCGAGGCAGCCAAUCUGGUGGUGGAUAGCAUUGUGCCACCGGCAGGAUUCCAGCUGUUGGCCGUCUUCCCCGUUCCGGAGCACGAAACGCUUGUACUGUUGCAGCGCAUCAAGCGCAAGUUCAUGGCCGUACCAACGAUAGUGCGUAUUCCACCGAUGGACGAUCGGUACGAGUGGAUCACAUCGUUAAAGGAAGCGAUCAAAACCGGACCGGUGAUUGCGGUUUCGCAGGGCGAUACCAAUUCCGGCAUCGUGGGAUUGAUCAACUGCAUUCGCAGGGAACCGGACGGUGGUAUGGUGAGCUGCGUCUUCGUAGACGAUCCGACUGCACCGCCAUUCGAUUUGGACAGUCCCGUAUUUAAGAGCCAGCUAAGGCUCGGACUUGCCAUCAACGUGUACCGCAAGGGACGGUGGGGAAGCUUCCGGCAUUUGCAGCUCAUCCAGGAGAUCGAGUCGAAACCGAGACGUAACCACUGCUAUGCGAACGCACUCGUCAAGGGUGAUCUGUCCUCGAUGACGUGGCUCAGCGGACCAUUCAACCAUGGCCGUCCCAAGGGCGAGCUGGUGAAGGUAAUGUACAGUGCGUUGAACUUCCGCGACGUGAUGUUUGCAACCGGCAAGCUGUCGUCGGACUUUGCAAAUCUGUCCCGUGUUGAGCAGCAGUGCGAGCUGGGCUUCGAGUACUCCGGCAUUGGUGAAACAGGACGCCGUAUCAUGGGCAUGGUAACGACCGGUGCUAUGGCUACGCACGUCGAGUGCGACGAUACGCUGACCUGGACCGUGCCGGAAAAGUGGUCGCUCGAGGAGGCUGCUACCGUACCAGUCGUGUACGUUACCGUCUACUGUGCCCUGUUCAUCAACGCACACAUCCAGAAGGGUCAAUCGAUCUUGAUCCAUGCCGGCAGUGGAGGCAUUGGUUUGGCGGCUAUUCGCGUCUGUCUCGCGUAUGGACUGGAAGUGUUCACCACCGUCGGCACGGAUGCAAAGAAAGAUUUCCUCCUGCAGACGUUCCCACAGCUGAAGGCGGAUAACAUCGGUAACUCGCGCGAUACGUCCUUCGAGCGUAUGAUUAUGUUGCGCACGAAUGGCCAAGGUGUAGACUACGUGCUGAACUCACUCGCCGACGAUAAGCUGCAAGCGUCCGUCCGGUGUCUGGGCAAGUAUGGUAAAUUCUUGGAGAUUGGAAAGUAUGACAUGGCGAACGAUUCGAAGCUCGGUCUGAACCGCUUCCUGCGAGCACUUUCGUUCACGGCUGUGCUAGUAGACUUUUUGUUCACAGCACCGCAAGAGGAGAAGAUGGUGCUUCGCAACAUGCUCGAUAAGGACAUCAAGAGUGGUGUGAUUGUUCCGCUUAAGACGAACGUAUUCCCGGCCGGCGAUAUUGAGCAAGCGUUCCGGUACUUGGCUAGCGGUAAGCACGUCGGCAAGGUGCUACUGAAGGUACGCGACUCGCCCACCGAGGAGGACUCGGUUCCAAUAAGUUAUCUGCCGCGAGUGUACUGCAAUCCGGAUCGAUCGUACCUGAUCGCGGGUGGAUUGGGAGGAUUCGGUCUGGAGUUGGCCGAUUGGUUGGUGCUUCGAGGCUGCCGUAAAGUGGUGAUCAGCUCCAGCCGUGGCCUUUCCAAACCCUACCAGCUGUACCGCAUCAAGAUUUGGGAAACAUAUGGCGUGAAGGUAGUGAUCAGUACGGAUGAUAUUGCAACGCGUGCUGGUUGUGAGGCAUUGAUCAGUACCGCCAAUAAACUCGGACCAGUCGGCGGUAUCUUUAAUCUCGCCGUACAGCUUCGGGACGGCGUGUUCGAGAAUCAAUCGGUGGAACGGUUCCGUGAGUGUAUGGCGCCGAAAGCCAUCGCCACACAGUAUCUGGAUGAAGUGAGUCGCCGGGCCUGUCCUCAGCUGGAGUAUUUCGUCAUAUUCUCUAGCGUAUCUUGCGGACGGGGCAAUGCUGGUCAAAGCAACUACGGCAUGGCGAACUCCGUGAUGGAGCGCAUCAUUGAGCGUCGUUGGGCCGAUGGUCUACCAGCGAAGGCCGUCCAGUGGGGUGCCGUUGGGGAGGUGGGUCUUGUAGCCGAUAUGCAGGAAGACAAGCUGGAUAUGGAGAUCGGUGGAACGCUGCAACAGCGUAUCAGUUCCUGCCUGCAGGAACUAGAUCCGCUCCUAACGACUCCUGAACCAAUUGUAGCCAGUAUGGUUGUGGCGGAGAAGCGCAUCCGGACCAGUGGCAAGGAGAACAUUAUCGAAUCAGUGAUGAACAUUAUGAGUAUCCGCGACAUUAAAUCGAUUUCGAUGGACACGACCCUGUCGGAACUGGGUAUGGAUUCGCUGAUGGCGGUCGAAAUCAAGCAAACGCUUGAGCGUGAGUAUGAGCUGUUCCUGACACCACAGGACCUACGGUCGCUCACCUUCAUGAAGCUACAGGAGCUGACGGAAGCAAAGGCCGCGGCUGAUGAGAAUGUCAAGCUCAAGCUCGCCAACGAAAAAACACCAACCGGUGUUGCGAUGUUGCUCCGUAAUCUUGGGGACGAAUUCAACAGCCAGCACACGAUCCUGCGCCUACAGUCGGAGAACGACUCGAAGAAGUACAAUGCGUGUAUUUUGUUCACACCGGGCAUAGAGGGUGUCGCGGGUAACGCAUGGCACAACAUUGCCGCCCAACUGUCACUACCCACCUUCAUUACACAGUUAACGCACACGAUCGACAUGACGACGGUGGAGGAAAUCGGUCGCUACCUGGCACCCGAGCUAAUCGAGAACGUGUUCAAAGGUACGGAGCACUUCUAUCUAGUGGGCUAUUCGUUCGGUGCAUUCGUCACACUGGAACUGGCCCGUAUCCUCGAAGAGACGGGUAUGCGUGGCCAGAUUCUGCUCAUUGAUGGUGCUCCCAAGUUCCUGCGCAAGCUCGCCAUUGAUCAGAUGACGGAGAACUACACCGACGAGAGCAUACAGGUGGUUCUGACGUCGGGCAUCGUAAACACCAUCUUCCCGGAGGAAAAUAUGGACGCACUGCCGCUGCUUGCCUCUUGUACCACGUUCGAUGAGCGCAUCGACAAGCUGCUCGAACUGUCCAAGGAUCAGAAUCUCUAUUCAGAGGCUUACCUGCGCAUGAUGCCAAAGGCACUGUUCAAUCGCAUCAAAAUUGCACUUGAAACCGACAUCGAGCAUCCGAAACCGGUACAGUCUCCCAUUCUGCUCGUCCGCCCUACCGAGGUGUCGGUGGUGGACAUCGAGGAGGACUACGAUCUGUCCCGGUACACGGACGGCAACGUAAGCCUCAAAUUCGUCGAGGGCAACCACAUCUCCAUGCUGGACAACCCGAAGCUCGUACAAAUCAUUGCCGAUUCCGAUCCCGUGCUGGAGUCGGAUCGCUGCUUCCAGAAGUACCUGCAGAGCAACUCCGUCGCGGAGUAGGGCAGCAGUUAGUGUGCCGAGUGCUGUGCGCGUACAAGCUAGUUUAAGGGACUGGGGGCCGUUUUGAAGGAUCAGGAACACUACGGUUCA